AUGAUCAAACCCCGCCACACUUUGUUUUCUCAAGGAGGACGCCGAAUUGAGUCUGCUUCCCGACGUGGCUGUGUCAAUAUCUCCGACGAAGUUACGGACGACGAAGUAACGGACGACAAGGUGGGCUUGAACGACGGCCACUCUAGUCGAUCGGAACUCGAACGAACUGCUUUUGACGCUUGCGAGAUUAUUCGCAUCGGCCGGAUGGGCGAUCAUCGAGUCGAUCGGCUGCUAAAUCAAAGCACCCGCGCCAAUACCGACUCCUAG